UAUUAUUCCCAGUCCUAGGGGGUUUCUUUUUUUCUCUCUAGAAUCAGACGUGAGGUGAUUACAUUGACCCACGUUUCUUGAUUAAUUCGUUCAGUGGGACAUCUGAAUUAAUCAGAAGUGUUGCAUUGAUCUCAGAAUUUAACUAUGGAAUCCCAGAAGCCGCCAAAUGCUGAGCCUGCUAAGAGAUCAUCAUCAAUUCCAAAUCGACUCCCAAUGGCAAGACGUGGACUUGGGAGAACCGGCGAAACUAUACAACUUGUAACCAACCAUUUCAAAGUUUCCAUGCACUCCAAUGCUAAUACUGGUGCCCACUUUUACCAAUAUAAUGUAUCUCUGGCUUAUGAAGAUGGGCACCCGGCUGAUGCCAAAGAUAUUGGCAGAAAAGUUAUGGACAAAGUUCAUGAGACUUAUCACACUGAGAUGGCUGGUAUGAGCUUUGCCUAUGAUGGCGAGAAGAGUUUGUUUACAAUUGGCUCUCUUCCAAGCAAAAAGCUCCGAUUCACGGUUGUCUUGGAGGAUGCAUCAUCAAAUAGAAUAUCAACUGCAAGAAACAUUGACAGCCCUGAUGAUGGGAGUGACCGAAAAAGAUCAAGGCGUCCCUACCAUUCCAAAACAUUCAAUGUGGAGAUUAGUUUUGCAGCCAAAUUCCCAAUGGAUUCCAUUGUAAGGGCAUCAUACGGCCAGCCAUCAAAGCACCUCCAGGACGCCGCUCGGGUUUUAGACAUCAUACUAAGGCAGCAUGCAGCAAAGAAGGGCUGCCUUGUUGUUCGACAGUCAUUUUUUGACAAUCUACCUAGGAAUUUCACACCUUUGGGAGGUGGUGUUCUUGGAUGUCGAGGUUUCAAUUCAAGCUUCAGAGCUACUCAAGGGGGUCUAUUCUUGAAUAUGGAUGUCUCUACCACACUGGUCAUACAGCCUGAUCCAGUGAGAGAUUUUCUCGUCUCUAAUCAAAAUGUUAAAGACAUGUAUCACAUUGACUGGAGCAAGGCCAAAAGGAUGCUAAAAAAUCUGAGGGUCAAAACUUUACACUCCAAUGCAGAGUGGAAAAUCAGUGGACUGAGUGAGAACACCUGCAGAAAUCAAACCUUCUUAAUGAAACAAAGAAAUGAAGGGCCGGAUGGGGGUGAAGUCCGAAGUGUUGAAGUAACAGUUUAUGACUAUUUUGUCAAACAUCGAAAAAUAAGUUUACAGUAUUCUGGGGAUUUUCCAUGCAUCAAUGUUGGGAGAUCAAAGCGCCCUGUCUAUAUUCCUCUCGAGCUUUGCACAUUGGUUUCCUUGCAACGCUAUACCAAGCCAUUGUCUACUCAGCAGAGAUCUUCACUUGUGGAGAAAUCACGACAAAAGCCUCAAGAACGGAUGCAAGUCAUAGAACAGGCAUUAAAAAGCAACAAGUAUGAUGCAAACCCAAUGCUCCGUUCUUCUGGAAUUUCAAUUAGUACUCAAUUUACACAAGUUGAAGGCCGUAUCUUGCCGACUCCAAGUUUGAAAUCAGGCAAUGGGCAGGACUUGUCACCUCGAAACGGAAGGUGGAACUUCAACAAUAAGGAACUAGCUCAACCAUCAAAGAUUGACCCUUGGCUUAUUGCAAGCUUCUCAUCUCGCUGUAAUAUGAAAACACUGAUUCAGGAUCUCAUCAAGUGUGCAAAAAUGAAAGGAAUUUCCAUGGGAUAUCCGGCUGAAAUUUUUACAGAGAAUCCUCAAUAUAUGCAACAACCAGCUCCUGUUAGAGUGGACAAGAUGAUUAGCACUAUGAAGUCACAAUUCAGACGUUUGCCCCAGUUUAUUCUUUGUAUUCUUCCACAGAAGAAGAACUGCGACAUCUAUGGUCCAUGGAAACGACAAUGCCUUUCAGGUUGUGGAGUUCCCACACAGUGCAUUGCACCAUCUGCACCAGUAGUGAAUGAUCAAUACCUCACUAAUGUGUUGUUAAAAAUCAAUGCCAAGCUUGGGGGUUUGAAUUCUUUGUUAACUAUGGGAUAUUGUCCAUCCCUUCGUUUGAUUUCAACGAUACCCACUUUAAUCCUUGGAAUGGAUGUGUCCCAUGGCUCUCCUGGCCGGGCUGAUGUGCCGUCUAUUGCCGCGGUGGUAAGUUCUAGGCAUUGGCCAUCGAUUUCUCAAUAUAAAGCUACAGUACGUACACAGUCUCCCAAACUUGAGAUGAUAGAUUCUCUAUUCGAGCCUCUGCAUAAUUCCGAAGAUAGUGGCAUAAUCAGGGGCGCCCUGUUGGACUUCUACAAAACUUCAGCAAAAAGGAAGCCUGAACAGAUAAUCAUUUUCAGGGAUGGAGUCGGUGAAUCGCAAUUCAACCAAGUCUUGAACAUUGAACUGGAACAAAUAAUUGAGGCCUGCAAACUCCUGGAUGAGCAAUGGCAUCCAAAGUUCAUGGUGAUUAUUGCACAGAAGAAUCACCAUACAAGAUUCUUCCAGAAUGGAUCCCCCUCUAAUGUUCCUCCCGGGACGAUCGUGGACAACACAAUAUGUCAUCCAACAAACAAUGAUUUCUAUUUGUGUGCACAUGCUGGGAUGAUUGGGACAAGCCGGCCUACGCAUUACCAUGUAUUGCUGGAUGAGCUUGGCUUUUCAGCAGAUGACUUGCAGCAACUUGUGCAUUCCUUGUGUUACGUAUAUCAGAGGAGCACCACAGCUGUAUCUCUAGUGGCCCCAGUAUGCUAUGCUCACCUGGCUGCAGCCCAAGUUGCCCAGUUUAUCAAGUUUGAGGACUUGCCGGAGCCAUCCUCUGGUCAUGCUGCUGCUCCAGUACCACAGUUGCCCUCCUUCCAUGAGAAGGUCGCUGAUACCAUGUUCUUUUGCUAAGCUUUGAGGCAGAGUUUAUGGAUGUUCUUGGGACUCUUUCUUGUUUUUUCUUUCUUUCGCCCUCUUUUUCCAAAUUCAGUGCUGUGAAGGUCUCCAUAUAUCACAAGUCGUGGCUCAUCUUUAUACUCAGUUUUUUUUUCUUCUUAUUUUGGCAUUCUGAUACAUUUGGAGAAUUCUGUAUACAAUUCGCU